GAAUGCCUGGAGAGAUUACCACUGGAUAAGAAGAAUGAGACCUAUUACCUCUCUUGUCCGAAUUGUCGUCAACAUGCAGAGCUACCAAAAGAUGGAGUUGGAGCCUUUCCUGUAGCAUUCCACCUCAACAACCUCAAAGAGAUGCAAGGUUUACUGAACAACAGGUCGUCAAAAGUACAUAUACCUGCAUUUAAUCCUCCAGAGGUCACAUGUGACGAUCAUGGAAAGUCUUUGGAGCUAUUCUGUGAAACAUGUGAUACAGGAAUUUGUGUUACCUGUCAAUUCGGUGAUCACAAACAUCAUAAAUACGAAUUGAUCACUGAAAAGUAUGAUCAACACUGUGAAAAGUUAAAAGAAUGUCUAUUACCAGUUGAGAGAAGGAAGGCAGCACUUAAAAAGAUCUUGUCUGCUAUAACAGAGAGAGAGGGCGAGAUCAGAGAGAGAGGAGAAGGAGUUUUGGCAGAAAUACACGGAAUGGUAGAGGACAUGAUAAAUGUUCUUCGUCGGUCAGAGAGGAAAUUGACUGAGCAAGCAAAGAGGGUCAUUGAUUCUAGGCUAAAGGUGCUGUCAGAGCAAAAGGAAUCAACAAAAAAGAGUUUGAAAUUAGUGGAGGAUGUUACAACUUAUGUGGAACAGAGUCUGAAAACAGGCAGUCCUCAACAAGUCCUGGGGUCUAAGAAGCAGAUGAUGGAGCGUAUGAGCAAUGUCACUUUACCAAUCAAUUGGGAAGAGUUAUAUCCAGUAGAAAAAGCUGACUUUGAAUUGAGCAAAGAUAUCAAAUCGCUGCGUCACAUUGGAGAUAUUGUGACCCACUCUUCCACUGCACUACAGCAGUGUAGGGAUACCUCACUAGUCAUCUCAAUCAGUCCUCACAUUGAUAACAUCUCUUCAGUACAUGUCAUAGAUGAUGUGAAGGGUCCCUUGGGUGUUGCUAUAACUGAGGAUAAUCGUGUUAUAAUAACUGAGCGUGAUGGUCACUGUGUAACAAUACUCGAUAAAAGGGGAAAGAAAGUGAAAUCAUUAGGUGGGGAAGGAGGAAGAGGUAACGUCAAGUUUUCUUAUCUUCAUUGCUUGGCGAUUACUCCAGACAGAUUCAUACUUGUGUCUGAUAGUAAUAGUAUCCAGAAGAUAAGCAUGGAUGGACAGCUUAUAAAGUCAGUUGGGGAGUGGGGCAGUGGACCACUACAAUUCAAUGAUCCUUAUGGUAUAGCCAUUUCUCCUACAACAGGACAGGUUUAUAUUGCUGAU